CAAUGUUGGCUUUUAUUUAGUAAACAGAAUAGCAUCAAGUAAAAUUUAAAAAUUUCGUAGUUUGUUAUAUUUCGUUUGAACAUCUAUAAUAGUAAAAAAAAACCUUAAGAAAAAAAAAAAAUAAACACCAAAGUAAUGGCUGGUGCACGUCGCUUGGGUCGGGAACUGACGGAAAUAACGGCGUUGGAAUGGAAAACUGUGCGCAACAUUCAGACCUCCGAAGAAUCAGUGUUCAUGUGGACCGGUCUGCUUGUGCCCGAGAAGGUGCCAUACAAUAAGGGUGCCUUUCGCAUUGAAAUCCUCUUUCCACCGCAAUAUCCCUUCUUGCCGCCCAAAAUACAUUUCAAGACGAAGAUCUAUCAUCCCAACAUUGAUGAGAAGGGUGAAGUGUGUUUGCCCAUUAUAAGUCCAGAUAAUUGGAAACCCACAACACGUACAGAACAAAUUUUACAGGAUUUGGUGUCCAUUAUUCACGACCCAGAACCGGAACAUCCUUUACGUAGUGAUUUGGCUGAGGAGUAUGUGAAAGAGCAUGCAAAAUUCAUAAAAACGGCCGAAGAGUUUACCAAAAAGAAUGCUGAGAAGCGCCCGGAGUAACACAAAAAAUUAAACGCUUUCAAAGGUUUAUAAAAAUUACAGUCUUGGCUAAAAGACACAUUUAACAUUUGGAUCGAAACUUUUUCACUUUGUGCUAUGAUUGCAAUAAAUUGAUAAGAUAGUUUCAUCAUAA